AGUGAGAAAUCAAGAAGAGAGGCAACUAAGAAGCACUAGCCAGGUGUGAAAGUACUAAUAUUUGAUACAUUUGGAACGACAGUCAAUUGGAGGUAUACUGUCUUGCGUGAACUCAAAAGAAAGGCGUCUGAACACGCCCAAAGGGAAGUGCUCAUGAAGGUCGACUGGUCUGGUUUCCUUGAAGAUUGGCGUAAUAAAUACAAAGAAGGCACAAAGAGACAUUCAGAAUACGUAGCAGAAUCUUUGGAGACAUUCGUAGAUGUCGACAGGAUACAUAGGGAAGCACUCGACAAUUUGACAGAAAAGUAUGCCAUAAGUGGUUUAUACACAUCCGCAGAGCUCGACGAACUGAAUCGCGUAUGGCAUAGAUUGGAAGCUUGGCCGGAUUCCUCACAUGGUCUCAAACAGUUACGCGAGCUAGGAUACAAAAUUGGGACACUCAGUGGUGCGACCACACACGCAUUGCACAGUAUGUCAGUCUAUGCGGAUCUCCCAUGGGAUUUCGCCUAUGGAUCUGACAUCCCACUCACCUACAAACCGAAUCCAGUUGCAUAUCGCGAAUGCGCGAAACGGAUUGGUGUGAAGCCGGAAGAAUGUGCCAUGGUAGCAGCUCAUACUGGUGAUUGUCAAGCUGCUAUGCGCACGGGUAUGCGUAGUGUCUACGUAGAGCGUCUAUGGGAGGAUGAACCCGUCAAUAGCGCUUCGUUUGACAUAUAUGUAAAUGGCGUAACGGAAAUAGAUGACAUUGAGCCAUCCAGUCGUCAAAUUGGUUUCGUAGAGCUUGCUAAUGUACUAUCAAAUUAAUUUUACACUUUCC